GCGGCGGACGUGGUGCGGCGGCGCGGCGGUCGCUCCCUCUUCUCCCCGCGUGUCGGGAACCGCACGGCAAAAUGGCAAUUCAACCACUUAAGAAGCCGAGGAUCGUCAAAAAGAGGACGAAGCGGUUCAUCCGCCACCAGAGCGACCGCUUCGUCAAAGUAAAGGCCAACUGGAGGAAGCCCAAGGGUAUUGAUAACCGUGUGAGGCGUCGCUUCAAGGGCCAGUAUCUUAUGCCCAACAUUGGUUAUGGUUCAGCCAAAAGGACCAAGCACAUGCUUCCCAAUGGUUUCAAGAAGGUUCUGAUCCACAAUGUCCGCGAGUUGGAAGUUUUAAUGAUGCAGCACCGUACCUUCUGUGGCGAAAUUGCACAUGGAGUUUCCUCCAGGAAGCGCAAGGAUAUUGUUGAGAGGGCCAACCAGCUCUCAAUCCGCCUCACCAAUGGGUCUGCAAGACUGCGCACGGAGGAAUCCACGUAGAUCAAUAAAUUGUGGUUGUAA